AAAACAAAAUCGAAAGUUACUGUCUUCAUAUUAUAAAGAAAUAUGCACAUAUUAUAAAGAAAUAUGCAAUAUGAAAGUCAAAAAGAUCAAACUUAUCAUUCAUAUCGAUUUAGUUAUUUUUUCGUCCUAUCCUUCUUAUUUUUGAAAAUCUUGAAAAAGAUUAUUGAAAAAGUUUGAAAAACUGGGAAACCAAUUAUAGAUAGAGCGCAUGAGCAAAAUACUUUAAUUUCCUUCUCAUCUCAUAUUGUUUUUUCCUGGGAAAACUGGAUAUAAUUGGCAACUUACCUUUGGACAAGUAACAAUUUUCAUGCAACAAUCAUGAUGAAUAAUGGAUCAACAGAGAAUGGAAGCAUGGACAUAGAGGGCGAGCUGUUUAGAAAUUAUUUCCAUUGGGUCCAAAAUAGUUCAGAAGAUGGUAUGGCACAGAUAAGUUGUAUAUCUGAACCUGUAACUGUUGUUGUUGUAAUUGGCCAAUAUAGGACAGGAAAGUCUUAUCUGAUGAACAGGUUGGCGAACGUGGCGAACGAAAAGAAAGAGAUUUUGAAAAUGGAUGAGCUGAAAUAUACGGCCAACCUGUUUCGAGAAACAAGAUUAAGGAACAGGGUUGGUAUACAACAAGAGUGCGACCAGUUUGGAAAUCGGAGCAACUUUAUGAUUGAUGACUUCUAUAAAGGGGUACUGAACCGAAGCCUUACAAGAUUUGUGGAGGACCUUGACACAACUACCAUACUGGACUUGCUUUUGGAAAGAGAUUUUUUGACAGAUCGUCAAGUGACAGAUAUUAAAGAGCUGUCUUUGACUUCAACAAGGACAAAAAAAAUAUUAUCUCAAGUUGCCUUAAGGGGUGCAGAGGGAUACAGAAUAUUUAAACAGUUACUGAGAGAGUCGAAGCAAGAACGUUUAGCAGAAUAUUUGGGUCGGCAAGAGUUAGAUUUAAAGAUAAAUUUGAUGACUGAGAAUGAAGAUAAAAGGAAGCAAGUUAGGUUGCAAACUGCUGCUGCAAAUAUAAAGGCUAAUACAGAUGGCUGUAAGCAGACAUAUUUGAUACCAUAUACGCC